UUCACUUGUUGUAUUUGUAAGUAAAUAUUACACAAAAGUCAAAAUGCCGAAAAAGAAAACGGGUCAGCGGAAAAAAGCAGAAAAGCAAAAGCUGCGUCUUAAGGAGAUUAGAGGACGUGAGGUACCUCUAGCUGAUCUACCAUGCAACGCACCAAUGGAUUGCGACAAGUGUGAGAAGAAGCAAAAGUCUCGUGCCUUCUGCUACUUUUGCCAGAGUGUCCAACGGUUGCCCAUUUGUGCGCAGUGUGGGAAGAUUAAAUGUAUGCUCAAGACAGGAGACUGUGUAGUAAAGCAUCCAGGAGUUUAUACCACUGGAUUUCCCGGCAUGGUUGGCGCAAUUUGCGAUUUUUGCGAAGCCUGGGUGUGCCAUGGACGCAAAUGUCUAACAUCUCAUGCGUGCACAUGUCCCUUGCAGAACGCUGUGUGCUUGGAGUGUGAGCGUGGCGUUUGGGAGCAUGGUGGACGAAUCUUUAAGUGUUCCUUCUGCAACGGUUUUCUGUGCGAAGAUGAUCAGUUUGAGCAUCAGGCAUCGUGCCAGGUGCUAGAGUCGGAGAACUACAAGUGCCAAUCGUGUAACAGGUUAGGCCAAUAUUCUUGCUUACGUUGCAAGACUUGCUAUUGCGAGGAUCAUGUGCGUCGCAAGGGAUUCAAAUACGACAAGAACAAGGCCAUUCCGUGCCCUAAGUGCAACUAUGAAACGUCGGUUACCAAGGACUUGAGUAUGUCCACCCGGUCGCACAAGUUUGGACGCCAGCAACAAGGCGGUGGCAGCGACGAGGAGGGUUACGGAGGCUACUAUGGUGGCUAUGGGGCCAGCAGCAGUGCUGGUUACACAUAUGAUGAUGAUGAUGACGAUGAUGCGAGCUAUGGUGAAGAAAGUGAUAGCGAUGACGACGACGAUGAUGAUGAUGAUGAUGAUGAAGAGGAGGAUGAGGAUGACAACGAUGCGGAGUCGAGUGGUGCAGAAGAGCACACCAAAGCGGAUGAUAAGGAUAAAAAGCAAACUACAUAAUCAUAAUCAUGUUCCAAGUUUGUUGAUGUAGCAAUGAAAUAAAUAAAAUUAUUA